GUUUGGUUGGUUGUUUAGUCAGUACUUUCAUAUAAAUAUACAAAUAUUAUAUCAAAGUUGGACACAUACAGAACAUAAAAAAGGUUUGUGAGCAAACAAUUAUGUAACAGAUAAUGUUUUAGUUAGUUAGUGAGUUAGUUUGUUUGUUAGUUAGUUAGUUAAUAUAUUUUUAUGUAGGUCUGUUUAAAAAAAAGUCCCCAGCAAAUACUUAAUUGUCUGUCAGAUGACUCAGUCUUUGUUUGACACAUCCAUUGCCUCUUUUGGCCUUUAUAUAUAGUUCAUCUGCUCCCUUGUGUGUUGAUGUGACCAUCUGAGAGUCUGUUUGAACCAUUUAAAGGCAUUAUUUAAUUUAUCUCAGGGUUAACAGGUCCAUUAGCUGGCCCCCCUGACAGUUAUUUUUCAGUUUUUGAAAUCCAGCCCCAGGUGUGCAUUAGAGCAUGGAUUAGAGAGAAACCUGCACCUGUGGUUGUGAGUCUCCAGAUGACGACAUAACAUUACAACUCAUUUUAGGAGGACUGUAUAAAGGAGACCAAGAACAACACAUUUCAUCUUGAACAAAGACAGCAGUUUUAGCAUGGAGGGGAAAGGAAGGGUGCUGGUCCAGUUCCUAAUGCUAGCGUGUGUGUUGGAGGUUAGUCUUUGCCAGCACUGGUCAUACGGUUGGCUUCCGGGUGGAAAGAGAAGUGUUGGUGAAGUGGAGGCAACAUUUAGGAUGAUGGAUUCUGGUGAUGCAGUACUGUCUAUUCCCAUGGACAGUCCAAUGGAGCGGCUUUCACCGAUACACAUAGUGAGUGAGGUGGACGCUGAAGGUUUGCCUCUGAAAGAACAGAGAUUUCCCAACAGACGAGGAAGAGAUUAAAAGCAUAAAAGAUGAUGAUAAACCCUUGGAGCCUAUGAGAAUACAAUUCAGUUUUAUUCCCUGGGAACAACAUGUUUUAUUGAGUCCUGCUGAAAUAUCCUAUUAAUUUGGUUUUAAGAAAUAAACUGUAUUGUAGGUAUAUAUAAUGUAAAUAAGCAGUAUGCCUAGUUUGUUCAAAAUAAAUAUUAAAUGUGAGCGAAGCUGGAGCAAAUGUUGCAGUAACUGACCAAAUAACCAAAGUACUUUUUCCCAAAAUGGACAAAAAACAAGUACAAAUCCUAACUUUUUUCGCGUGGUGGUGCUAUCUGGAUAUGUCAACAGUGAUUUCAGAAUUAUUAUUAUUUAUAAUGUAUGCCCUCAUUAGAAUUCAACAUAUGUUAUAUUUAAGACUGAAGUCGAUUAAAUUUGUUGUGGCCAAUAAAUAUAUCAUGAGUGUUUACAAAAGUUAGCCUAGCCUACCUGUUAUCUCAUCGCAUUUGUUAGUAUGAUAUUUCGGCAUUUUCAAAGAACUGAUUAAUUUGAUUAAAACUGUGUUGACUAUGAAAACUGAAUUCAAGUGUAAUGCUAAAAACUUGCCAAUUAUCUAGGUAUAUCAGUUGGCCUGAUUGUGUUUAACUGACUUUAGCAUCGAGUUCAUCUCAUUAAACCAAUUACAUCACUAAGGUUCAAUAAAAGUGUGUCGAUAAUACACAUUAUUAUGACGCACAUGUGGUCAAAUAGCUGAGCUGUUAGCAACUGAACAUGCACUUUCUCAAAGAUAUCGUCUAUAUGGACUUUGAUUGAGAUAGCUUUACACCUCUGGUACUGAUGGCUUUGCUCAAAAGCUCCACAUAGUUCACAUAGUUCUUUUGAAUAAAUAUGAAAAUAUUAAAAAACUAUCAAAAUAACUUAUUUUUUCUUUUUGAAUAUAUUUUUUAUAUAAUGUAUUCAGGUAAUGGUAAAGCUGAUUUUUCAGCAGUCAUUACUCCAGUCUUCAGUGCCACAACAUCUUUCAGAAAUCAUUCUAAUAUGGUGAAUUGGUGCGCAGUUAUUAUAAGUUAUGACUGGAGAUCAAUUAUGAAUAAUGGCUCGGAUUAUAAAUGUUGAAAACAUUUAUAUAUGUGGUUACAUUUUUGCUUUAAAGAGCUGUUUAUUAGCUUAUACAUUUUCUUAUAUAACUCUAAAUGAUAAUUUUGACAAUGUCAAUGUAAGUGACAACCAGAACAAGUAGUUAACCAAACUUAUUCUCAAAAACACAAUAAUCAAAAAAAAAAAAAAAAAAAAAA